UUAUAGCCUUGGGUUUGAGGAUUUCGUGAUCCUAAGACAUGGGCCAAAAAGGAUCCAAAUUACCAGAGGCCCGUAUUCUGCUUUUGGGUCUGGACAAUGCUGGAAAGUCCACUCUCCUCUACAAACUCAAACAUAACAUCAGCGUAAAGACCAGCCCGACCGUAGGUUUCAACGUGGAAACGAUGGAGGUGAGAAAAAACAAGACGAAUAUCUCCUUAACUGUGUGGGACGUGGGCGGACAAGGUGCUAUGAGACAACACUGGAAGAGCUACCACCAGGACACCGCGGUCAUCGUGUUCGUGGUGGACAGUUCGGACCGACGGCGCUUUAACGAGGCAAAACGUGAGAUCGAGAAGACUCUGAGCAGUGACCAGCUGCGCGGAUGUCCCCUGAUAGUGCUGGCCAACAAACAGGACGUAGACAACUCGAUGACCGCUUCGGAGAUAAAGAGUGGCAUCAACAUGAGCAAGUUGUGUCCGGACCGGGACUGGUUCGUUCAGCCGUGUUCUGCGUCCACAGGCUUUGGGGUGGAGGAGGCUUUCAUUCGGGUGGUUAACAUGAUUAAACUCUCACACGUCACUGGAAUCAAGGGCAACCUCAAGGAAACUGUGAACUACAUCAGAGGUGGUAGAUACUAGAUUCUGACAUUGACUACAUAUUCUCUUUACAGCCUCACUUUAUUAAUUAGUAGUGUCUAUUUCUGAGACAUCCAAACACAAUGUAAUGAUGCACUGAUGCAAAAA